AUGGAUGUUUCGUCACCGGCUCAGCCGCCGGCGUCCACCUCCUCCGCAGCCGCCGCCGCCGCCGCCACAAAUUUGGAACCCACCAGUUCCGACGGCAGAAGCCAUGGCUCCAAGAUCAUGCCAUUCGAGCUGGCCGUCACUGAUCCCGAGGAGCCACAGCCCUCUCAUGGACCUCGUCGCCGGCGUGGUCGUCGUCGUCCUCCAUGGCGUCCAUGUCCAUCGUCCCUCCCGAAGGAGGACGCCGUGCCGCUCAUCAAGAAGACGGCGGCCGAGUUCCUCGGCACGUUCGUCCUCAUCUUCGCCAUGCUCUCCACCAUCGUGGUCGACGCGCAGCACGGCGGCGUGGAGGGCCUCCUCGGCGUGGCGGCGUCGAUCGGGCUCGCCGUGACGGUGCUCAUCAUGUCCCUCGUCCACGUCUCCGGCUGCCACAUCAACCCGGCGGUCAGCGUCGCCAUGGCGGCGUUCGGCCGCCUCCCGCCCGCCCACCUCGCCCCCUACGUCGCCGCGCAGGUGCUCGGCGCCGCCGCCGCCGCGUUCGCCGUCGAGGGGAUCCACCACCCGGCGAGCCGCGGGUGGAUGGUGACGGUGCCCAGGGUCGGGACGGUGGAGGCGUUCUUCCUCGAGUUCGUCACCACCUUCGUCCUUCUCUUCGUCAUCACGGCACUCGCCACCGAUCCUAAUGCAGUUAAAGAGUUGAUAGCAGUGGCGGUCGGAGGAACAGUGAUGAUGAACGUUCUUGUUGCAGGGCCAUCAACAGGAGCAUCAAUGAACCCUGCAAGAACACUUGGCCCGGCCAUUGUUACUGGGAAUUACACCAAGAUAUGGGUCUAUAUGGUUUCUACCCCACUGGGUGCACUAGCUGGAACGGGGGCUUAUGCUGCAAUCAAGCUGUGAUUACCAACAGUUGGGAAAAAUAUUCAGAUAGCAGAGGCCAGUUUAUGUGUUGUGUGUAGUCCUAACCGGUCCAAUCAAAGACGUAUU